AUGGGAAGAAAUCCAUUAAAUGGCAAAGUUAGCGUCACUCAGAAAGUUAUCGAUCAAGUAAGGACAGCCUUAGAAUCCAAAUCAACCAACAUCACUAGUCACGUUAAGAAGAUACUCCCUUACUUUAAAUUGCAAGAUGGUAUUCUCUACUUCAACAAGUACAAAUCAGAAGAAAAGAAAGUCCUUAAGGAUAAUCUCACAGAUGAGCAAUUAGAAAGGAUUAUCGACAUGACUCAACAGCUCCCCAAGGAUGUAUAUGAUGUCCAAACAAUCAAAACUGAUAAAUGGGUUCAAAUUCUCAAAGAACAUGAAUAUGAAGGCAUUAUUAUCGAUAUUCAUGUCAAUCAAGGUCAUGCAGGUCGAGAUAUUUGUGAAUCAGUUGCUUCAUCAAUGUAUUACAUUCCAAAGUUCCAAGAAAAAUUCCAGAAGGUAAAAAGUUCUUGCGAGAGUUGCAGAACUAAAGAGGCAUCUAAAGCUAUCGUAUUGGAUAAUCAUUAUGAUCCUACUUGUGUUGGAGAAUUAGUUUUUGUUGAAUGUGCAUUCUUUCCCAAAUGUGGAACAACUGAUGGUUGGGUAGUAUUUGUUGAUGGUUUAUCCAAAUAUGUGUUUGGAUUUAUAUUAUAG